GUUGGGUUCUUGGCCAAGAGGAAGCUGGUGAAGGUGAGGGUGCUGGCCAUAGUGUCGUAACCAGCCAGGAGGAACAACACGCUCUGGGCUAUGAUGGUGUCGUCAUCCAGUACUGAGACACAUCAUUAUAGGUUGUGUGUUAUAUAAUGUAUAAAGGCAGACUGUAAGUGUUUUGUGAACUAAAGUGUAAGGAGUCAUUAUGGAGCAAAAUGGUGAAGAUUCUCAUUCAAGUAGUGAUGAUUAUGAGACUGCUGUUGAAAUAACUCCACUACAGUCACAGAACAAUGCCAAGGAGGACACUGUGCCCAGGGGGAAGGAACAAUGGCAGAAUCUAUUGGCCUUUUGGAUAUUGGGUCUGACCAAUAACUUUGGCUAUGUGGUUAUGUUGUCUGCAGCACAUGACAUACUCUCUCAUGAUUUUACUCAGGAUAAUGGGAAUCAGUCAUCGUGGUCCACCGCCAACACCACCACCAACCCUCGUGACUGUAAUACAGUUAGCACCGGCGCUGUACUACUGGCUGACAUCGUCCCUGCUCUUGUUAUCAAAAUGUUUGCACCAUUCAUGUGCUCAUAUAUUCAUUUGCGUGUGAGUGCAGUGGUUGUGUUGUGUUCCUGUUCGUUUGCCAUAGUGGGGGCAGCAACCAGCAGGACCAUGGCAAUAGUCGGUGUUGUCUUCGCCUCCGCUGCGUCUGGUCUCGGAGAAACUUCCUUCCUGCAGUACGCGGCUAACUUUCACAGGAAUGUGUUGUCAACAUGGUCUUCAGGAACAGGAGGAGCAGGAGUGUUUGGUGCGCUGGCUUAUGCUGUGCUCACAUCUGUGGGACUCACCCCCCGCAACUCUUUACUCUCUAUGUUGCUUGUGCCGAUUGCUAUGGCUCUCGGUUUCUGGGUCCUUCUUAAACAUCCGCAUGAACCCCAGUGCUGGACAGAUUGUAGCAACAGUUGUCAUGUUCGAGAGGAAGGAGAAAGGAUUCUAUCGGCAAGAGAUCCUCCAGCGUCACUCAGUCUGGCUCACAAAUUCCAGGCCAUUCCGUCCUUGUUGAGAUAUAUGGUCCCUCUUACUGUGGUGUAUAUCGCUGAAUAUGUUAUUAAUCAAGGUUUGUUAGAACUGAUCUACUUCCCACAAGAGAAGAUGUGGCUGAACCAUCACGAGCAGUAUCGGUGGUAUCAGGUCAUCUAUCAGGUUGGGGUGUUUGUGUCCAGGUCUUCUGUCAACUGUGUCCACAUUCACCACAUAUGGAAGACGUCUGUGUUGCAGUGGAUCAACGUUGUUCUCCUGCUGACUUGUGCCAUCUUCUGGUGGAUCAGGAGCAUCUGGCUGGUGUUUGUGCUGGUGCUGUGGGAAGGUCUUCUGGGAGGAGCGGCUUAUGUCAACACUUUCUAUAAAAUCUCACAAGAGCAGGUUGAUGAUGCCCAUAAAGAGUUUGCCAUGGGGAUGACCACAUUUGGAGACUCCAUGGGGGUGACCAUCGCUGGGUUUAUUGCUAUCCCACUUCACAACGUCAUCUGUAGUCUGCCUCUGUCACGUUCACACAAGUGAUCGCGUGGUGUUUAUUUCAAGAAUCUAAUGGUCAGAGUACACCGCUGUGAUUUAUAGAAAAGAAAUACUGUGAUGUGAUUCCUUAUAAAUGUGAUAAUCAGUGUUCAUGUCUUAUUUGAAUUGGAAAAUUUAACACAAUUUGAUGUUUUUUUUUGGGGGGGGGCAAUGAAGGUUAUUGUCAGAUUUUUUACUGUGCACAAUGUAGACUUUUAAUAAUUAUCUAAGGAUACUUGUUGGAUGUAUAAUUAGUUUUUGUAAUUAAAUUAAAUCAGUUAGUGUAUAAUCAAAAGUGUCAAUAAUCUGAAAUUACAGUUAGUUAGUGCUGCUGUGAACAGGUACACACAUAGUAUACAUUAUACAUCAUGAAAUAUAUACUGUAUAAUACAGAUCCUAGAAUAUUGCAUUGGGAUUUGCAUUAUAUAGUACAGUAUAUGUUGAAGGAAUGCAUAAUACAUGUACUAUUCAUAGAAUAUAUUUUGUUUAACUAUACAGUACUGUAGGAUCAAGUCAUUCAAGUUCACACAAGAUUACCCUGGUACAGUACUUAAUCUGUCAUCAGAAUUGACAUACAUACUGUACUGUGUUCUCAUGAACUAAUAAAAUGUGAACAAAUUACUGUAUUAAGAGUUAUGUGUUCAGGAGAUGUAUAAACCCUUGCUGUGGUCAUAUGAGAAUCUGCACUUAAAACCCUUACCUAGUGCUGACGAUGUAAUCUUAAUUGGCAACAUUGGAAACAAGUGCUUCUCGUGCAUAAGUUUUGGUAAUAGUGUUGUAGUGAGUUAUAUGUGCACUAUUAUGUCAACACAGAAAAUAGUCUUUAUAGUAUAAACUUAAGGGUUAUAUUCAUUGUUGCAGUAUAGUACAAGAAACGAGUAUUGACAUAUAAGAUCUGAAGCUGUGUGUUUUAGUUCUCACAUUCCUUAUUAGGUAUUACUGUACUUAUUAUCAGGGCUUGGUUAUACAGGUUGUACCUCUCUAGUCCGGCAUUCUGUGGUCCGGAACGAUUUUAGUUUGUCCAAUAGGUAGAUAGGCAGCUUUUUUUUUCUUUU